CUUUCUUUUCCAGCCAUGUCGCACGAAAAAGUAAGAUUUUGGAGAAUGAUCGUUUGGGUUUGACUGCUUGGGUUUAAAGUGAGGAUGCCUUUUUUCCAUGCUAAAUCGGAGCAGAUGAGAGCCAUCAUAACAUUUUACGCAAAAUGUCGUUAUUUCUGCCGUAGCACCCGGGUCAGCGCCAUCAGCGGCACCGGUUAACUUUAAUUAUUAUUUUUUUGAUUGCUUUUUCAGUAACAGGAUCCGUUACUUUUUACCUUUUUUUUUCCUGACACUUUGGCCGAUUUUUGGAAAUUUUAAAAGGACCAAACCUUGCUUUUUUUUUAAGGUUUCCUUUUCUUCUUAUCUUUCUUUUUUCUGCCAACCAAAACAGCCUCAAUCCAAAAUGGAUGACGAGGAUUUCUACAGUUCGUCACGAAAAGCCGCAUCAAAGUCCUCUUCCAAGCGAAGACGGCCGCCCGCACGACCCCAUAGUAUGUCGUCACGUUACGGCUCUGUCUCCGUCAAUGACGAUAUGUCUACAAAUCGUCCAAAAAAGAAGAGCAACAAACUAAGGAGACGAUCUACCGUGCGUAGACGCCAUCGAGUUCAGGACUAUACAGAUGAGUACCAUGAUUCCGCCGACAAUGGCCACGAUUCCGCUUCCACCAAUACCCUUCAGUCAGGACCGGAUGAGGAUGAAGAUGACGAAGAAGCUGACGAAGACGAGCUUGAAGAACAAGACACUCACCGCAGUCGCUUGGUUCCCACCGAUGCUGACAGCGACAGGUCAUCGUUCAACAGCAUAGAAAGGAAAAAUACGCUCAAAGACCGACAAGAUGCCAUCAAUAAGCAACAUCCAUUUGGUUUACCGCUUUGGAAGCCAGCCUUGUACAAAAAAUCGCGAUCGGUGGUACGCCGAGCCAACAACGCCUUGCAUUCAUCUCCGUCCUCGUCUCCUGAAUUAUUCCUCAAUCCUGGUAAUAUUUUAUGGCUGCUGCUGUUUGGAUGGUGGCUUGCUUUGAUCGUCUUGAUCGUUUCUAUUCCUGUGUGCAUCAUUCCUCCCGAUGGUCGCAUUUACGGUCUCGUCUUGCGCGAACUCUCUUUUUAUCUGCUUUGGCCCUUUGGUCGCUACGUCGAACGGGUCGUUCAGAUCGAACCCACCCAGUUGGAAGAACAAACCAAUGCCAGUACAGAAGACGACAAUGAUGAAGAAGCAUGUCUUUUGCAACAACAAAAGUCUAAGCGCCAAGGGCGACCACUCAAAUUAAAAUGGCUACGUGCCAUUGUCGAUACCAUCAAGACAGGUCCCACCGGAUGUGUCUAUUAUCUCUUUUUCUUCACGAUCAUUGCACCGGUUCUCAUGUUGGUCUCUGCCAUAUGCUGGAUGUGUGUAAUUACGAUUCCCAUGGCCAAACUAAACUAUAUUCUUGUGCGUCACUUGCGCCGUCAUCCAUUGAGUCUACGCUUCCGAUCGACUUCAUCGUCCCAGACUCAUUUUGCCCCGGUGGGGCGUCAUCAACCGACCGUCAUUCUACUAUGCACAUACCAAGCGUUUGGAUUGCAGUACUACAAGUAUACUUAUGACGGUAUCAAUAUCAUGUUCAUCAAUCUGUUACCUAUCGUGUUCUUUGUCAUCUUGGACGAUUACAUUCUCAAGGAUCGGUGGCCCGAGUCCAUUAUUGCCGCUCCUAGUUUUGUAUUUGCAAUGUCAUUGGCAUCGGUCAUUCCGCUUUCCUAUUUUAUUGGCAUGGGCGUCAGUUCCGUUUCGGCUCAAAGUAGUAUGGGAGUGGGUGCGGUCAUCAAUGCCACCUUUGGUAGCAUCAUCGAAAUCAUCCUGUACGCCGUGGCCCUCAUGAGCGGUAAAAGUGCCCUGGUGGAAGGUUCCCUGAUCGGUUCCAUCCUUGCAGGUGUUUUACUGAUGCCAGGCAUGUCCAUGAUCAGCGGUGGCGUCAAACGAAAGGAACAAAAAUUCAACGCCAAAAGUGCAGGUGUCACAUCCACCAUGCUUAUUAUGGCCAUUAUUGGCGCUUUGUCUCCCACGCUGUUUUACCAGAUGUUUGGAUCGUUUGAACUUCGCUGUACGGGUUGCCCGGAAAGUCCAGCGCCUGGAGGUACCAUGUCUUGUACACGCUGUUACUAUGAUCAAAUGAACCCUACCAUCGAUCCAGUAUACCAAAACAGCGUGAAACCGUUGAUGUGGCUUUGUGCCGCCAUUUUGCCUUCGGCAUAUAUCAUUGGUCUUGUUUUUAGUUUGCAUACCCACGUGGAUAUGGUUUGGAAAAGUGAGCCGCCCAAAUCGAGUGCAAACAAUCAAAAGAUGUCUGAAACCGCCCCUACCCAUCACCAAAAAUUGAUCCCGACACAUAUUAUCUCGCAGCUCAUGCAUACCAAUCCCACUUCAACCACGUAUCAGCGUCCUCAAGGUGUAUCAGAACCCAGCUUGUCCAUUUACCGUGUGAGUGAUCAUCCCUCGACGGCGGGUGAGUCGUCGACGGAUGCAGUUGCAUCCGUGUCGAAACAACAUCAACAGCAGCAGCCCCUGACCGCCAUCCAUAGCGUGGUUGCUUCUCAAUCGCCACCAAUGGAAGCUUACAUCCACGUUAAAGAACCCGAAGAAGAUGAAGACGAGGAGGAAGCGGCCGGUCACGAUUCCCCCAAUUGGAGCAAGAGCAAGAGUUUUACCAUUCUUUUUGGUUGCACCCUACUGUAUUCGUUGAUUGCCGAAAUUCUUGUGGAUACAGUUGAUGAAGUCAUGGAAGGAAUGACCAUUGAUGCCAAGUUUCUGGGUCUGACAUUGUUUGCACUGGUGCCCAAUAUCACCGAAUUUAUGAAUGCCAUUUCAUUUGCUCUCUAUGGCAACGUCGUACUCAGUAUGGAAAUCGGUUCAGCAUAUGCACUUCAAGUAUGUCUCUUGCAAAUCCCGGCCAUGGUCGCAUUCUCUUUGUACUAUAAUUGGGGCAAGGAGGAAAUCGCACGUUAUACAUUUAGUCUCAUCUUCCCUCGCUGGGAUGUAAUUUCGGUGAUUUUCUCAGUGUUCCUGUUGACGUACACCUAUCAGGAAGGCAAAUCGAAUUAUUUCAAGGGCUCGAUCCUGAUCUUGACGUAUUUCGUUCUGGUCGCUGGAUUUUAUUUUGUACCUUCUGUAAGUGAUGCCACUGUAUUGACGACGACGGUCAUGGCACGUUAGUUAUCAAUGUAUAAUAAAAGCACGCUAUCUAUCAAGCGACCUUUGAUUUACACUUCUAAAAAAGUCAUCUCCUAUCAUAUAAGUUGUCUACUUUGCUCUUCUGGCCAACCCCUGCGAUUAAGAUUAUUCGUUUCUUUGACCUUUUUUUUUUCCUCGAUCUUGG